AUGGAGAAGAUCAAGAGCGUCUUUUCUGGACACAAGAAGUCCGAAGAUGCGACUCACGAUGCACACGCCUCCUCUACCGGAGCGCAACAUGAGGGUCAAACCCACCCCAUCUACGACCAGAUGGCAGGGGAACCAGCUUCCACGCAGCCUACCACUGCCACGUCUGUGGGUCAGACAAGCACUUCUCCAAGCCUAGGGCAGACAGAGCACAGUGGUACCGGCAGGACUCUUGGAAGCCACGGCGCGACUGUUGGUAGCACCACGCGCCCUGGAACUGGCCCUAUGCACGAGGCCAUGAGCGAGGCAUCUAUCAAGAGUGGAGUCAUUGGCUUUGGUGCUGGUCAAAGUCAAGGGCACGCUGCACUUUCAACGCAUCAGAAUCCCGAGGCGAGCCUGGACCGUAACCAGAUUGUCGGUGGAGGAAGUAAUGCUCCUGCUCCUACCAGCGCGGACGCAUCCUACCAGCCCAGCGUGUUGAGUUCUGCUGUUCCUCUAGCAGGCAGUGAUCAACCGCGCACCGACACAAGCAACACUGGAGCGCUUAGCAAUGCUACUCAGAGCUCUACAAAGCAACCAUAUGAUAACAAUCUACGGAAUGAGAGCUACACCAACGAUACUGAUCGAUCGUUCCCGCUUGCCGGUGGUGUGGCACCAAAGCACGAUACAUCAGCUAGGCAUCCAGCUGAACACACUUCAACCACCCAUCACUCUGCCGAACACCAAACCUCCUCAAUCCUGACACCUGCCCAGCAAAUCUCGUCAACUCACCAAGCAACGACCAGCGAGAGAGAGCCAGGUACUAAGGAAAAGGAAGCCGGGGUGCAAGACGGUCAUGGCCGAGAAGGCCUCGCUGGAGCGGCCGCAGCUGCAACUGCAAUUGGCGUAGCUGCACCGCUCUCUCAGUCACACCAGAGGGAUGCCAAUGACCGCGGUAUUGAGAAUCGCCAGACCACCUCCACCAACACCACACAGAACGUCCAUCCUGAAGCACUCGCUGCAGCCACGGCAGCAGCAGCAAAGUCUUCUACUAUGCCACCACCGUCAACACUUGGCCACGACAGCUCUGUAGCUAGUACAUCACAGGCGCCAAAUUCUGGUGCUACUAGUGCUGCCCGCGUUGCCACUGCUGAGGCCCAUGAAUCAAGAUACACCGACCCUGGCCGACCUCCUGGUGGUCGCUCGCUGUCCUACCGUCAUGUUCCCGGUGGCUUCCCAACUCCGACCCCGGAUGAAUCAAAGACGUUCCUUUACUACAGGGAUGAAGUAGUCCCAGAGCCUGGUGUCGACGGGCCAACCAUGUCUGGUGUCCCAUCUACUAGGGGUACAGCCUGGGGUGAACACCAGCUAGGCCGCGAUGUGGAUUCUAGUAAGGCCGCGCCUAUUGCUGGUGGCCUAGCAGCAGGUGGAUUGGCAGGCGGGCUGCCAGGCAAUCAAGCGUCUCGCCAUGAUGAUACCGUUGGUAGUGGAAUUACAACUGCUGGCGUGCACCAGAGUGAUACACUCAACAAGAUGGACCCUCGCAUUGAUAGCGAUCUUGAUGGCUCAAGGACCGUUGGAAAUGCGCCAACUACUCAACAUGGCGUUGACCAGACCAGCAAUGCUCCGAUCACAGUUGCGGAGACCUCGACUGUGUCUCCAGGACAGCACGAGUUACGACACACAGGCAGUCUCGAUCAUCCUGAACCACGCUCUGCUGAACAUGCCGACGAGCAUCACUAUGGCCGUGAUGCCGCAAUUGUCGGUGGAGUUGGUGCUGGCGCGGCAGGCCUAGGCUACGCUGCUACACACAAGCGAGACGAGCCAGAUGUUGCGGCUGGAACUCUUGCCCACGACUCUAGCCCAUACAGCUCCAAGCAAUUGGACCCCCGCGUGCUCGGUGCACAGGCGCCACUUGAAGAGCAGAGGUUUGAUCCUCAGGCAAAGACUGAGACUACCCAUCAUGGUUUGGCCAGUGCUGCUCCCAUAGGUACGACGUCCACGACCCACGGACACCACGACGAUCUAGUUGGAAGCGAAAAGUCAACGUCAGGGCCUCAUAAAAGCUCAUUGUUGAACAAGCUGGACCCACGCGUCAAGAACGACAGUACAAAUGCCUCCGAAACUGCAUCGGCCAACAAGCAGAAUGACCCAGAACACCACUAUGGCCGUGAUGCCGCAUUGGUAGGCGGUGGUACAGCUACAGCUGCAGGCAUUCAUCACGAAUUGCAGCGCAACGACACCCCUGGUACUGGAAGUACUGUAGUGCCUGGUGAACAGUCUUCGACAACUAUCCCUCACCAGUCUGCUGCAAGUUCCGCACCUUUGUCUUCCUCAACCGAUGCUACACCUCAUCCGGCAUCGACUAAGAAGUACGAACCUUACACCGGGCCAAUGACCACAUCUGGUUCUCCAUUCUACGGCACAACCGGUGCACCAGCUCCAAUCGCGGAUGAUAAGUCGUCUACAAUUCACACGCCUGCUCGUGCCACCACUCAGAUCCAGGAGCCGCAUACUUCCACCAACCCCGUCACUCAACACCAAGACCCUCAACAUCAUUAUGGCCGUGACGCUGGCCUAGCUGGUGCAGGCUUGGCAACAGCCGGAGGUCUUGCCUACGCAGGCCAACGUGAAGAUAAGGCAGAUACUGGGCCUGCAUCGAACACUAUCGGACCCCACUCUAGCAACCUUGCCAACAUUGUAGACCCUCGUGUACAACCAGACCCUUCGAAACAAAAGGCCCAUACCACCACAGGCCCACACCAGUCUGACGCCCUCAAUCGCCUUGACCCGAAGGUUGACGAGAAGGCAAGCCAACAUGGGCAACACCAACUCGGCCGCGAUGCUGCUCUUGUUGGAGGCGCUGGUGCGACCGGCUACAGUGCUGAGGAGGUCAUUGAUGUCUAUGGUAAUCACCGUAGUACGCAGCCGAACGCCUCGAUGAAUGAGCAGCGCUAUGACCCGAGUGCCAGUGGCGCCCGUGCUCCAAACCCAGUUCCCGCAGCCGGUCACUACGACUACAACAACGAACAUACUCGACGCAACGUUGCUCUUGGAUCUGGUGCAGCAGCACUAGGCGCUGGAGGUCUCUAUGAGGCCGGUAAGCAAGGCGAUACUGCCCACCACGUCCCGACAUCAUCGACUCAAGCACCACUGGCACAAUCCUAUCCUGCCCCGUAUGCCUCAACUGAAGACCCCCACAAUAAGGAUCACACCAAGCGCGAUGCUGCUCUUCUAGGUACCGCAGGAGCAGCUGCAGCAGGUGGCGCAGCUUAUGCAUACAACCAGCAAUCCGAUGUUGAGCGGGAGCGUGAACGACUGGAGAAAGAGCAAGCAGAUCGCCUCAAGAAGGAUCAGCACGCUCACGACAAGGAGCAACAUAAGCUGGAUAAAGAGCACGCCAAGCAAGAGAAAGAAGCCCAUAAGCUGGAGAAGGAACAGCACAAGCACGAAAAGACCGUCCUUGCAGCUGAAAAGGAAGAGCACAAGCAUGAGAAGGAGCAAGAAAAAGAAGCUCACCGCCUCGAAAAGGAGCGGGAGAAGGAAGCCGCCCGUCUCGAGAAGGAACGCGAGAAGGACACCGGAACGCCCGAGAAGAGACGCAGCAUCCUCGGGUUCCUGCACCGUGACAAGUCGAAGAAGGAGAAGUCAUCGAAUGACAACUCGCCCCGCCAGUCUGGCGAGGUGCGUCGCUCGAUCGACAACAAUCGUCACUCGAGGGAGUAUGCAGGUGCUGCCGGUGGAGCGACCGCACUCGGCGCAGGCACCACAGCUGCGGCAUACGACGACAGCAACAACCCGGAUAGCCCUCGCUGGAAGGGCAAGAAUAGGCUGCAUAAGGACCCGCCCAAGGGCCACCCAGCGCGCGAAGCCCUCGAGCAUCACGAGCUGGGCGAGAUGCCUGGAAAGCGAGAACACGUCGGUGUGGACGGACCGAUUGGAAAUCCGAAUGCGAUUUCGGGAAUGCAUGAGACUCGUGCGAACACUUAUGGCGCCGAGCCGCUCUCGGGAGCCCUGGGACAGCCUGGCGACAAGGUCAUCGAGCCGCAUACAGGCUUGCCGAUGAAUGUGGGUCGCUAUGGUGAUGGACAUGGUGGUACGGAUGCAACACCUACUAUCCACGGACAUCAUGCGCACGACUCUGGUGUUGCUCACGGCUUAGAGGGCGGACAUAAAGCUGGUACUGCGCCAGGGCAACACACGACGAACUGGGAGGCUGUUAAGAAGGCAGACACGCCUUACUAG